AUGGCGGCCAUUGGCUGGCCUCGUGGUUGGGAGGACGAGUGGGAUUGGCCGCAGUGGGGCUCAGCGCAGGCUCGGGCCCUAGCCGUCCUGGCCCCUGCCCCGGUCACCGUCACGGACAUCCUAGAGGCCCCGGAGGAGGAAGAGGAGUCCGAGGGUCCCCCCAGGGAGCAGGACCUGAAGGAGGCCUACAUCCAGCUGGUCCGAGGCGUGCAGGAGUGGCAGGACGGCUGUGUGUACCAAGGGGACUUCGGGCUGGACAUGAAGCUGGGAUACGGUGAAUUCUCUUGGCCCACGGGCGAGUCGUACCGCGGGCAGUUUUACCGGGACCACCGCCACGGGCUGGGCACCUACCAGUGGCCCGACGGCUCCAGCUUCACUGGCAUGUUUUACCUCAGCUACCGAGAGGGCUAUGGCACCAUGUACCUGAAGACCAGGCUCUUCCAGGGGCUGUACAAAGCGGACCAACGGUUUGGGCCAGGCGUGGAGACCUACCCGGACGGCAGGCAGGACGUCGGGCUGUGGGUCCGGGAGCACCUCAUCAAGCUGUGCACGGAGGUUCCCCGCAGCUUCUCCAUCCACAGCUACCCCGAGUACUCGGGCUUCCUCACUCACUCUCCUGCUAGACUCAGCCUCUCGGAUGAGGAGAAGGUGGACCGGGACCAGCCGGAGGGACAGGACCCCUUUUGCUACGACUAUAAGCGGUUUCUUCUGAACGAUGACCUGACUCUGCCUCCAGAAAUGCACAUUUACUCGACCGACAACAGCCACCUGCCCAUGACCUGCUCUUUCCGCAAAGAAUUAGAUGCCCAAAUCUUCCUUAAUGACAUUCCUCCAUUUGCUGAGGAUGAAGAGCCCUGGUUUAUAAAAAAUGAGACCCCUCUGAUGGUCAAAAUCCAGAAGCAAACCUACAAAUACAGGAACAAGAAGGCCCACACCAGCUGGAACAUGGGUGCCAUCUUGGAGGGGGACCGGAGCGGCUUUGCACACCAUGGGCCCAAGGAGCAGCUUUCCAAGGAGAUGAUCCUGCGGGCCGAGGAAGGGGACUACGAUUGGGUCUACAGGAUCCUCAGGGAUGACCUCGCCAGUGCCGAUGUGGCCGAUGCCAAGGGCUACACUGUGCUCGCUGCGGCCACCGUUCACUGUCACACUGACAUUGUCAGCCUUCUGCUGGACAGCGGGGCCGACGUGAACAAGUACACGGACGAGGGCCUCACGCCGCUCAGCAUGUGCUUCCUCCUCUACUACCCGUCCACGUCCUUUAAGCCCAACAUCGCUGAGAGGAUGGCGCCCAAGUCCCACGUCAGCCCCGUGGGCCUGCGGCUCCCAGCACCGUGCCCCGUCUGCUAUCCGCCUGUCCGUCUCUCCACCCAGCAGUGCGCCUCCCCCUGCCUCGCACAGGAAGCUCCAAAUAUGCCAGUAAAUCCCAACCUUGCCUUCUCAUUCCCUGAAAUGGCCAUGGAGUCCAUCUAUUUCAAGGACCUGGCGCCCACCCCAGGCAGCCAGGAGCAGAUGUCCGUUGUGUGGGGCAGUGAGGAGGACCGUCUCUCCCUGGGUGCCCGGCUGUCUCAGGAGUCCCCCGACCUGGGGAGCAGCCCUCGGAAGCAGGACUUGUCACCGUGGGACAGUUCCAGUGACCUGGAGAAGGGGCCGGAUGGCACGGAGGGGAGUCUGGACAGGUGCGCGCUGGGCAGCCAGGAGACGGACUUCGAGUCCGCCGUCUGUGUGCGCAACUUCUCCUUCGGGCUGUCCCGGGACCUCCUGGAGAGGAGCGCCCAGGCCCACAGCAUGCUGAAGCCCCCCUGCUUCAGUGCCACCGGCUUCGACAAGGGCACCAUGAGGAAGAUGGCACUGGCCGCGGUGGAACGCAGAACCAGGUGGCUGACCAUCGAGCUGCUGCUGCACCGAGGCGCGGACCCCAACCUGUGCCGCGUGCCCAUGCAGGCCCUUUUUUUUGCCGUGAAGGCUGGGGACGUGGCCGGGGUGAGGCUGCUGCUGGAGAACGGGGCCAGGACCGACAUCCAGCUCCCGGCUGAGGUUUACCGAUUGGACUCUGCUUUGGGAACUAAGCUGGGGGCCCUGACCCCCCUGCACAUCGCAGCCGCCCUUCCCGGGGAGGAGGGCGUCAGGAUAACGGAGCUGCUCCUGCACACUGUCACCGACGUGGACGCCAGGGUGGCCGACGAGGAUGACGUGUACAAGCGGAGCAAGCUGGACCUGUUGCCUUCAAGCCUGAAGCUCAACAAUGAAGCGGGCCCGGCCGGCAUCUACCACAGCAGGCCUACGUGUGUGCCGGAUGAGGGGGGCAGGACGGCCCUGCACGUGGCCUGUGAGCGUGAGGACAGCUACAAGUGUGCCAGGGACAUAGUCCGGCUCCUCCUCUCCCACAGAGCGAACCCCAACGUGCUGUGGAGCGGCCAUUCCCCGCUCUCCUUGUCCAUCGCCAGUGGCAACGACCUGAUCGUGAAGGAGCUUCUGUCCCAUGGAGCUGACCCCAACCUGCUGCUGACCAGAGGCUUGGGCAACGCCUUGUGUGUCGCCUGUGACCUCACCUAUGAGCACCAGAGGAGCAUGGACAGCAAGCUGGCCCUGAUUGACCGGCUCAUUGAUCACGGGGCUGACAUCCUGAACCCUGUGACGCUCACACAGGGGGACAAGGUGGCUGUGGGCACGGCUGUCGAUUACGGGUACUUCAGAUUCUACCAGGACCGGAAGAUCGCCCACUCUCCUUUCUAUGCGCUGACGCCGGUGGACCGGGAGGUCCUCCUGGCCCGGAAGCAGAUCCUGGAACACAUGGGCUUCCAGCUGCGCCGCGCUGUCUUCGCCAAGGAGAGCCAGUGGGACCCGAAGGUGCUGUACCUGAGCAAAAGAGCGGAGCUGACCCCCUACCGCAGGCUGAAGCAGAAAAGCACCGGCCUGUCCAGGGAGCUCCCCUCGGAGGAGCAGGAGCCGAUCCCCUUCUUCAAGUUCUGCUACCAGUGCGGCCGCUCCGUCGGGGUGCGCCUCUUGCCCUGCACCCGCUGCUACGGGAUCCUGACCUGUAGCAAGGCCUGUAAGACCAGGGCCUGGGGUGACUUCCACAAGAGGGACUGUGGCAGCCUGUUGGCCAUCGCAAGGAAAACGCAUCCGGCUGGGCGCACACCCAACUUCCAGAAGACCUCGAAGCAUCUGGGCAAGGAGGCGAGCCAGAAGCCGGAGGCUCAGAAGCCACCACGCCAGUUAAAAGGCUUCUAUUCCACGUACAGCCACGAAUGA